AUCCCCGAUGCGGUUCUGACUCCUCACGGGAAGUCGCAGUGUCGCCAUCUCAGCGCCUCGUUUCCCCAUCAUGACUCAGUGGCAUUGGUUGUCGCAUCGCCUCUACGCCGUGCUCUUCAGACAGCUGUACACGCUUUCACACCUGCCUUGCACAGAGAUGGAGUGAAGGUGCUUCUACAGCCAAUGGCACAGGAAAUGAACGCAUUUGCCUGUGAUAUUGGUACUGACAGAGACGAGCUAGAGAGACAAGUCAAAGCUGGAGAGCUCUGGGACACAAAACUCGGCGUCUCCGGCGAGAAAGUCGACUUUGAUCUGGUCGAGGAGGGUUGGAACUCCAAGGGCAAGUGGGCACCAGACAGAGCGACUGUGCAGAGGCGUGGCGCAAAGCUGCGUUCGUGGUUAUACGGUCGUAAAGAGGAGAUCGUGGUUGUGGUCUCGCAUGGAGGCUUCUUGCAUGCUCUGACGGAAGAUUGGAAUGGCUUCAAUGCUAGCGCUGAAUUUGUGUUCACCGAGAAGUCGACACAGAGCAGUGCGCAUGUUGUCGAGAAGGCAACACUAACUCUCAAACCUGAUGGAGGAGAGAAGCAGCCUCAUGUCGUAAAGGAGGUCGAGGAUGUGGGCCUGGCGGGCAAG